AUGAAUUCAUCUGAUUCUAUACUAUGCUCAAGAUUUGAUGGCUCUAAAAGUUUCUUGGCAUACGGAAGUAUCUCAUUAGAUAUUCAUGAAGUGAGAGUCGUAUCGAUAUCGUCAUCUCAGUCUUCACUUGAUGCAUUACUAAAACUUGACAAGUCCAGUAAACUCACCAACCUUAAUUGGAUUCGCUAUGAAGAUAAUGAUCUUUUAGCAGUGUGCUUAACAAAAGGUUCUAUAAUAUUGUAUUCUCCAUUGAGUAAUGAGAUCAUAUCGGAACUCUUUUCUUCAGAACAGACAUCAAUGUUGGAUUUUCACUACUCAGAACUUACCAAAACAGGUUGGUCUUGCGAUAUAGGGGGGAACAUUUACGAAUGGGACAUGUUGAGCUUCAAAUUAAUGCAAAAAUUUAAGGUCGUUGAUUUACAAGAUUCUGCUUCUUAUUUCGAAAGAUUGACAGUAAUAAAAUACAGAGAUGCGCCACAUCUCUUGGGUGGUUCAUUUUCAUUGCAACUUAUUAAUCUUGAUACGAAAGAAAGAGUAAAAUCAUUCCCUGGUCAUAUUGAACCGAUUAAUACGUUGGUUCCUGUUCCUAGUGACCCUGACUUAUUUUUAACCAGUGCGAAGAAUGAUAGAUUUAUUAACAUGUAUUCGAUAGAAAAGAAUGCAACAAAAUCUAUCUACACAUCUCAAGCGUGCGUCCAAAGUUAUGCAUUAGGAUCUAAGGAUGGAAGAUCAAUCUUAGUAGCCAUUGAUGAAGAAGGUAGUAUGGAAAUUUUUAACAAUCCAUUGGAGUCUAAAGUAUCGGAAUCAGCCAAAACUGGAGUUAAGAAGAAAAGAAAGCAGAUGGUUGACGUCCAGUCUCGAAUUCCAGAGUGUAAUAUUCGACUUACUAGACCAGCAGACCAGAUCAAAAAUCCUUCUGAUUCAAAUUUAAGAAUUAUUUCCGUAUCUAUCAAAGAUGACAGUAUACUUUUUUCGUGGAUGGAGGGACCUGACAUGCCGUAUUUUGAUAGUAUGACAUGGAUAGACCAUUACGGACACUGUUCACUUACUGAGGAUAUAAUUAUGGAGAAGAAGAGACCAAACACCAAAAUAACCAAAAAUUCUUUAUAUGGACAUGAUAUUUCUGCGACAAAACAUUAUAAUGAAGGUAAUGCCAUAAUCACGGAGGGAGGCUCUCUUAGGGAUAUCGAUGACGAUGAUCAAGACGAAACGUUAGCUGAGAAGUUAGAAAAAUUAAAUGCAGGGCAAAAGAGUCAGUCUUUGAAGCGACAAAAGAAGAAAGGUGGGAGCAUAAUUACUUCUUUAGCUGUGGUUCUCUCGCAGUCUCUAAAAAACGACGAUAAUACAUUAUUAGAAAGCGUUUUGAGUAAUAGGGACUCGCAAGUAAUUUGCGAGACUAUAACCCGACUUGACCCUUCUUUGGUUGUUAUCUUAUUAGAUAGAUUAUCUGAGAAAAUUAUAAGGCAGAGCUCAAAAUUCGACCAAUUGAAUUACUGGUUGAAAUGGAUCAUAAUUAUACAUGGAGGGUAUCUUGCAACGGUUCCUCGCCUAAGCAGUCAGCUUGUUAAUUUACAUGCAAUACUAAAUAAAAAAGCUACCACUUUGCCUAGAUUACUUGAGCUCCAAGGUAGACUAGGCAUGCUUUAUAAGCAAAAGGAAUUAGAACAUGAAAUAUUGAGUCCUCGAUUCGAAUCUCUGGGCGAUGAGUUUGAUAGUGAUGUAGAAUACAUUGAAGAAAUGGAAGACGAGCAGCUCUUUGAGAAUGAUAAUACUUCUGGUCACUCAAGUAUAGAGAUUGAGGAUAGAUUCAAUAGUCUGGAUGAUGGCGAAGAGGCGUCUGAUAAUCUUUAA